AGAUGGCUGCUGCUGGAGGAUUUGAUGCUCGGUUUGUAGAUCGAUUAUCGGACAGACACACAUGUCCGGUAUGUCUUUUGGCAUUGAGAGAACCAACCAUCACCAAAUGUGGCCAUUUGUUUUGUAACGACUGUGUGAGGCGCUUGGCAAGGCGUGGCCGCAUUGAAUGUCCUGUGUGUAGAGAGGAACAGAAUGAAUCAGAAAUCUUUCCAAACAACUAUGAUAAAAGAGAAAUAAUGAGUCUGAAGAUCUACUGUGAUCAACAAGAGAAGGGAUGUGGAUGGAAAGGAGAACUAAGGGAGAGAGAAACCCACAACGAGACUUGUGGGUAUGUUGAUGUUCUAUGCAAAAAUAAAUGUGGAGAAAUGGUGAUGAAAAAAGAUAUGGAAAGUCAUAUAAAGAAAAAGUGCAUGAACAGGAAAGUUGAAUGUAGGUACUGUAAGACCACAGUGACAAUCAAAUUUCUGAAUGAUCACCAUGCACUAUGUGAGAUGUUUCCAGUCGUAUGCAAACAUUGUCGACAACGGGUUGUUAGAAAAGAGAUGAACGAACAUGUCAGUAAAAUUGGGACAUGCCCUAACAGUCCAUUAGAAUGUGAAUUUAGGGAAGCAGGUUGCCAGUAUAUUGGCAAUAGAAAUGAAAUGACAAUUCAUGUACAAAAUGAUGUUACAUCUCAUCUUAGUCUUUUGAUGAAACUACAAUCCAAUACCAAGUCAUCACUUGAGUCAUCACUCUCAGCCACCAAGUCAUUACUUUCAUCUACAAGAGCUUGUCUUGCUAAAAAGGAAUGUGAACUUGAGAAUUUAAGAUGUUUUGUUACAGAGAAGAUUGGAAUGCCCGUUUCUCAACCUGAAAUUUGUGUGUUUGAGUGGAAUAUAACCAAUUGGGCAAAAUUGAAGAUGAAAUCAGAUGUGGAUUCAUUGAUUGCCACACUGUCAGAGCCAUUUUACACAAAACCAAAAGGGUACCUUUUGCGUCUCAUGCUUUAUCCAGCUGGACAUGACGUAUAUAAAGGGUCUCAUGUCUCUGUUCAUGUUUUGGUGUAUGCACGAGAGUAUGAUUAUGAUGUUAAGCUUCCCAAGCGCCAGCACUGCAAAUUCUCAUUCACUUUACUAGACCAACAACCUGAUGCAAUGAAUGUCGUUGCAAGACGGGAAAACACACUUGAUGUUAUCCCUACAAACCGUAUGACAAUACUUGUGAGAGAACAGGAAGAUGUCUCUAUUAUUCCUUACACGAAAUUAGAAACCAUCAAUGACUUUAUAACUCAUGAACAAUUGAACUCACGAUCUUACAUUCGGAAUAAUGAAAUUUUUAUUCAGUUUUGUCUUCAACUCAAGUUGCCCUAACUUUAGUGUGAGCAAGACUUGCAAUCAUCAAGUGUGCUGAAGUGAACACGAAUUAUUUGUGCUGUGAUGGUUGGUGGUUUGUAAUGUAUUACAGUUUUAGACGCAAAGUGAAUGUGGUGUGUGAUACUUUUUUCGCCGUACUCUUGUACGUAAACACUGGAUUUUGUAAUACGCCUGCUAUUACGUCAUUGUCUGAAACUUUGAGUGAGUUUUAGUAGUUAUGGUUUGUAGGCAUCAAUAUUUUACUGUGAAAGGA